AAGCUUCCACGGCCCAAGCUCAGCGCCAACCUCCCAUGCUCCUCCGACUGUUCGUUCAGUCGCUUCCAGACGAUCAUACGCGCGCGUUGCCAUCGAAACGUUCAAACGUGAUCGCGGUGUUCCGUUACCUGACGAGAUUUGCGUGUGCGUGCCAGGCCAGCCAACCAGACCCUCUGCUGAAGUGGCAAUCAAAACAUUGCAUCGGGGAAAUUGGGUUUCUUAUUCUUUUUUUUUUGGGACGGAAACGAUUAGUGAUUUCCGAAGACCCCUCCUCGGUUUCCGGUCAUUGCGGGUCGCUGCAGGUGAUCGUGUUGCGUCGUAGAUUAGUCGUAGGCAGUGAGUUUCUAGACAGGUCAGAGUGAUAAGAUAGCGCAGUGAAAUGUCCGAAGCGGUCGUCAUGAAUCGAGUUUUUCGGUACUUUAUGAAGUUCCACGGGUACUUCAUUGCCUUCUGUACCAUCUUCUUUACGUCGGUGAUCAUCGUGUCGUCGUUUACCGGUCGCAGUAUUCACGAGGAACCAUUCGUGAUCGAGGAGGAAUUUGAAGCGGUGCAGCGGUACCCGAUACUGAUUCAGGUAGAAUCCGCCCUAUGGCUGUGUGCCUCUGUGAUAUUGGCCGUUGGCCUGUACAAGGAAAAUAAAUCAUUUCUCACCCCCUUCCUGGCGCUGUUCAUCAUCGAUGGGGCUGUCGUCAUCGUGCAGGAGAUACUGAACCUCUGCACCGGAAGACCCUCGGAGCUGGCCACGAUCGAUAGCCGCCAGUUGGUCGUUAUGAUUUGUGAGUACUUAGUGGUCAACGUGUACGUGCUGGUCAGCCUGGUAGUGCUGUAUCGGAUGUUUGCCAAAGGACCCCUCCCUGCCAGUCAGAACAACUUCGUUCGAUUUGACAACGAACGAGACAUCGAGGGUCAGCUGCCGGCCGCUGGCGGCCAACAACAACAGCAGCACCAAUCACAACAACAACAACCAACAGCACUGAAUCGAAGCUAGUGAUGAGUGAUGACUAUAGAUAGCUUAUUUUAGUUGGUAGAUGAUUGAUUAAGGUGAUUUUAGUGAUCUAGGAGGAGCAUGAAGACCUAUUACAUUUGUGCUGAAUGCGAAAGAGAUGUCUCUGGAGAUGUCCAAUGGUCAAAUUACGUUGUUUGUUAGUCUAGGCUAGUGAGAAAGAGGCAUUCGAAUUGUGUAAAUAUAUAAGUAUUAUACGAGAGACGCUGAAUUAAAUGUUGAAUAAGUAAGCAAAAAA